AUGGCGUCCACAGAAUCAAAUUACCGCUCCGAGCUGUCGGGCUUUCGAUGGGCGCAAGGCAGAACAGACGACUCUCGCCCUCAGACCUCUUCAGCAGGACCCACGAGCUACCUCUCCACCAUCACAAAUAGCAUCUCUGGCUAUGUUCCACUGCGAUCCAACGAGCGUACCAACGAAGAAGAGGCGUACCUCAGCCUGAGUCGAUGGGAGAGGUUUCUCGGCUUCCUAGCGUGUCUGGCAGGCGCCGCCGUCUGCUUCUUCUUCAGCUUCAUCUUCCUCUCUCCACCCAUCCUCGCGCUUCGACCGCAAAAGUUCGCGCUCGCAUUCUCGCUCGGCAGCAUGCUCUUCAUGAUCGGCUUCUCGGUGCUCUCGGGACCGGUGGCGCACCUCAAACACAUCUGCAGCAAGGAGAGGCUUCCCUUCUCCAUCGCCUACUUUUCGUCGCUAGGCCUGACGAUCUACUUUGCAGUGGGACCGCGCAAGAUGCUUCCGACGCUGGUGUUUGCGAUCAUCCAGGUGGGGGCGUUGGUGACGUAUUUGGCGGCGUACUUCCCGGGAGGUACGACGACAUUAAGCAUGAUACCAGACAUCGAUGAUCUACGAGGAUACCAUGGACUGCCAUCGCUCAAAAGUGUGUCUUUGAGUGCCGUCCAGCUGAACUUCAUAUUGCAGCGGGUCUACUUUGGCCGCAACGCAGAGACACUUGAUCGACAGUUAGCUACAAGUCGAGGGUGCAGCAGCGGGUCUUCUACCCACAAGAAAUCCGGAAGGCAGCUCUCCUCCACGUCCGAACUGCUGAAGAUGCUGAGCCAUAAUCGAGCCGCGCUUACUGUGCGGCCACGAGAUCGGGAGUUGAUCGGGACGCGCUUCGAAUCCCCAUCAUCAAGGGUCGAGUUCAGGGGCCGAACCUUCAAAGCUCGCGUGGGGUUCAAAAAGUGCCGGAAACUCGUAGACGGGAGAUGUGCUUUCGGCAAGGGCCCCACGCAGAAUGACGCGCGUCUGCUUCGAAUCCACUUGCACACACAAACACAGCCUUGCUACAGUGUACGAACGAAUCGAUCAGUCACCGUGCACCCGGUUCAAUUUCCGACUCCUGCGCAACAAGAGCUCCAUAGAUGA